UGUUUUUGUAUCUGCUUCAGAGCGGAUUCAACCGCCAAGUAAGUUACAUUCUGCUAUGUCACGCUAAAGAAGUUUGAGAGCAGUUUAUUUAUAGAAUACUGGAUUGGUGUGGGUACAGACACAUAUGCCGCCGGAUAUAUGAUAUGAAAUGAGAGCCUGUCGUGUUUUAUGAAGCGAAUUCCUGGAGAUUUUUGAGCCGCUGUUAUUACUGUAUAGCUAACGUUACACAGUGAAGCCAGAAGCCCCAUGUUUUCGUCAAGCCAAGAGGAGCACUGCGCCCCGUCCAAAGACCCAGUGAAAUACGGGGAGCUGGUAGUGCUGGGGUACAAUGGCUCUCUGCCCAAUGGAGAUCGGGGUAGACGGAAAAGCAGAUUUGCGCUAUACAGGAGGACCAAAGCCAAUGGUGUUAAGCCAAGCACUGUGCACAUCCUCAACACACCCCAGGCUACCAAGGCUGUGAACUGCAAAGGCCAACACAGCAUCUCCUACACACUGUCCAGAAACCAGACGGUGGUGGUGGAGUACAGCCAUGAUAAAGACACAGACAUGUUUCAGAUUGGACGUUCCACUGAGAGUCCCAUCGACUUUGUGGUGACUGACACAAUCGCAGGAGGCCAGGAGGGAGAGGAGACUCCCAUCACACAGAGCACCAUCUCCCGUUUUGCCUGUCGAGUUGUUUGUGAGCGUAACCCGCCCUACACUGCUCGCAUCUAUGCAGCUGGUUUUGAUUCCUCCAAAAACAUCUUCCUUGGGGAAAAAGCUGCAAAAUGGAAGAAUCCUGAUGGUCACAUGGACGGACUAACAACCAAUGGUGUGCUGGUAAUGCAUCCUAAGGGUGGGUUCACAGAAGAGUCAAAGCCAGGCGUCUGGAGAGAGAUCUCUGUUUGUGGGGAUGUUUACACACUGAGAGAGACCCGCUCAGCACAGACCCCAGGGAAACUGGUGGAGAAUGAGAGUAAUAUCCUGCAGGACGGUUCGCUGGUGGAUCUGUGUGGAGCCACUUUGCUGUGGCGUACUGCAGAAGGUCUCUUUCACACUCCCACCCAAAAGCAUUUGGAGGCUCUGAGGCAGGAGAUCAACGCAGCGCGGCCCCAGUGCCCGGUGGGUCUCAACACCCUCGCCUUUCCCAGCAUGCAGCGCAGCCGCGCCCUCUCCUCUCUGGAGGACAAGCAGCCCUGGGUCUACUUGGCCUGUGGCCACGUGCACGGUUACCACAGCUGGGGCAACCGUUCAGAGCAGGAACCCAACACACAGCGAGAGUGUCCCAUGUGCCGGGUGGUCGGGCCCUACGUGCCACUGUGGCUGGGCUGUGAGGCAGCCUUCUACGUGGACACAGGUGCACCCACGCAUGCCUUCGUGCCAUGUGGACACGUGUGUUCAGAGAAGUCAGUCAAAUACUGGGCGGAGAUCCCUCUGCCGCACGGCACACACGCCUUCCAUGCUGCCUGUCCCUUCUGUGCCACCCAGCUCAGUCUUUCUCAGGGCUGUUCCAAGCUAAUCUUCCAGGGCCCCGUGGACUGAGCUGAAGGGUCCUGCUCUGGCAGAGAGCAUUAGACAGGAAUGCCAACAUGCUGUGAAACUGUUGCGAUUAUUUUGUGUUUUCUUUUGUUCAUGCAAGCCAGCGGUGAAUCGGAAUAAGCCUUCUAAAGUUCUGGUCAUAUACUGUGGAUUCUGCACAACAGAGAGCCAUUACAGAUUGUUCAGGGCCUCUCGUGGUUCGGAUGGCCAGUGUGGCACACAGAGAUGUGGAUCACAGAUGUCUGGCUCCUCCAUAAUGAAAUACUGUUUCAGCUGUCCUGUCAAACAAUUGCUUCAAACAAGGCUCGAGAAUUGGGCUAUUUAAACUACAAUGGCUGCUGAUUUUACCAUAAGAGCCACAGAAUUAAGGUACAGUGCUGCCUGAUGGGAAUACAUAUAGUUCAAUUCCUGGUGGGUUAGAGAGUUUUUACAGAGCCAGACAGCUGGACUGUUGGCUGGGAGAAAGGCCAGGAGAAGCUCAGGGUCUAACUAGGAAAGUGCACCCUGUUGUCCUGUCGACUCUGAACCCUUAAUGGCAUCUAGAUCGUAUGGCUCUCUGGAUUUGGCUUCCAUUUUGCUGAACAAACUUUGAGGAGGUGGGGAAAAAAAGACUUUUUUUUGUAUAGAAAUACUAUCCAGUGCCUCAAAUCGCAUUAAACUGUGGGAAUAUUUUUCAGAAAUGAGAAAAGAUAUUUUGUCGAAGGCAAAGGGAGAGAUAGUUUUGCAAACAUACAUAAGAUAGUGACAGCCCACACAAAUUCCUCUCCAUGUUUAUAUCUGACAGAAGAGGUAUUUUACUACACUGAGGCCCUUGUACUGUUUUGUAAUGCAAAUGUUAAUAUAUUUUUCUCCUGCAUAAAUAAUGUGUGUGAGAAUGUUUGAGAGUGCGUGCGUGCAUGUGUGAUUGUGUGUGUGUGGGUUGGACUGUGUGGGUGCCCUUGGGCUUUGUUCAAAUCGCCCUGCAUCGUUUCACCCCAAUCCCCUUUCUAUGAUCUCGCCCACCACCUAAACUGCUACCAGAGAGAACACGGGAAUUAAACCGACCUCGCAGGGUUUGACAGUGAAUGUACUGAAAUGCAUCAACUCUCCUCGCUGGUGGUGCUUCAGUUAUACAGUGUGCUUUCUCAAUAGGCAAGGCCAUCACGGGAGCAGUACUACCAUAUACACCAGUCACACCUGCUUGCUAGCUAGCUGUGUCCUUACCCCACACACAUGUACUGUAUUCAAUCUGCACUGUUGUUAGCUUUAUCCCAUGCUGGAUCUGAUCCAAUGAUUUGUACGCUGUCAAACCUGGGCACAGUCUCAGUAGCAUCCAGAGAUUAUACCAAAUAUAAGGAGGAGUGGUUUUCUCUCCAGAUGCAGGAUGUAACGACCACUCUCUCCCAUCCAAAGUGUUUCUGUAAACAGUCCUAAAUCCAAACCGCUGCUAUGGUGGAAUGUUGACAGCUCUGGAUUACAGUCGAGGCUGUCCAGUUGUUCGCUAACCAGCUCCAUGGGAAUAAUGAUAUUAUCGCACACCAUGCCAAACUUGGUAAGUUCUAUUGUGUAUGGAUGAGAGAAGUUGUCCAAAACAAAGUAGCAGAUGAAUUGAAACUAAAGAAUCUGGGACAAAUCUGUGCAUUCUUCUGCGAUGUUAGCUCACCAGACUGUGCCCAUAUGUAGAGUUUAGUUGAAGGCAUUAAUUCUGCCACUAGCUUAUCAAAUACGUUAUUGAGCACUAAAAUGAUGAGAUGUUGAGAGUAGCAUUGCUAUUGUAGCAUUAAAAUUUGUUUUCCGGUUGCAUUAUGAUGUUACAGAUCACAGGUAUAUUUAAAGUGCAGAGUCCACCUUGAUUAAGGGCUCCUGAACUUCACCAGUAAUGUGAAAAUGAUUUAAACAGCAGCAGUGGACUGCUGUGAUUAUUUUUUCUUUGAUUGGUGCCCUCCCUAGAGAAACAUAACUAGCAUUCUUAAAAGCAUCAGUAGCAUUUUGCUUCACCCAUAAAACAGAGCUUUUCUGAGUGGCUGAUUUUUCUUUUAUAUUUUUUCUUUUAAUAAUUUUAAUUUUUUUUUUUUUUUUUUUACAAGUUUUUAGAUUUUAUGUAACUGCCAAGCAGGGUCAAGUACUAAGCCACAUACUGUACAGUAGCAUUCCUCUCCAACACUUUCAGCUCAAACACUGCGCCCAGUGCUUAAGACCGUGUUCUGUAACAGCUGCAGAGUAGCUGCCUCAAACAUUCCUCCUUGGUAAACAUGGGUGGGGCCCUCAGUUCACCCAAGGGCUUGUUCUAUGAUUUUGUUUCCUACAGGAACUCUGUACACAAGCCAUAGAACGCACUGAUGCUCCCAAUGCCUCCUUUGCAAAGAAUAAAACAUUUUUAAAAAAUAA